AUGAGAGCCUACAAAAUCAAGGGCGAAAGUGAGGAGGUGAAGGAAAGAGAAGACAAGUGCUUCACUGCCAAACCGAUGGGUGAGCAGACCAACGACUGCGAUCAGUUGAUCAAGAAGGAGGACAAAGUCGAUAUUGAUGGUUAUAACUGUGAAUCUAUUGUUUCUUCAAAUGAAAAUUUUGAUGCUUACAAGAUCGGUCUGGACAAAAUCGAGUUGAGUUCAGAAAACAAGAUAAAUGUGGAAAACACUUCUGAAUUUGACAAGGACAGUGAUAUUAGCGAAAUAUCUGUAGAGGAUGAAGUUGACUGUUUAGAAUUUGUCAAAAGCGAAACCGAACCUACCAAAGGUCUUAUAUCUAAAAAUUCGGUUGAGUUCGCUCGGAUGUCCCAAGAUAAAUCCAAAGUUCUGAAACAGAAGGUUGUGGUAUAUCAAAAGAUACAAGCUGUACUAAAUCAGGUAUACACCAUAACAGGAGUUACUCAGGAACAAACAGCCAAACUUACAGCCUUGGUAAACAAAGACAACGCUAGUGGCUGUGAUGACCAUUUUUGGUCUGCCCCAAUUGACAAUGCAGAUGAGACUGUCAGUUUAUCAAAGAGAACGUCAUGGAGAGUUAAAGGCAGAUAUGUGGUAGAACCACUCAAUAAGCCUACAAGCUUUGAUGCACCAAGCACAAGUGGUACUAAAGAGAUUCCAAGCAAACUUGCGAAGGUGGCAAGCAAAACCUCUUCAUUGAAGAGUGAAACUCAUGCUAAGAGACCGAUGCCGAGAGUAAACAUUCACAAGUCUCAAAAGCAACUUGCUGAACAAAAACUCCAACGAAAAAGGAGAUAUCAAAAGAAUCUCAAUGAAAGGAAGCAGUUUCUGAAAUCCAAAAACUCUAACUAUGUUCGCACAGAAAAGGCGUCCAAUCUCAAAGAGAAAGCAAGAUCAAAGGCUAACUCUAGUCUAUGCAUUCACUGCCAAUCUUGCAGUCAGACAAACAAAAGAAGUAGUUUCAGUCCCAAAUUCGACGAUGAAUGGUAUAUCGAUAGUGGUUGCUCACGUCACAUGACAGGGAGACGGGAAGAGCCAAGGGAGUUUCAGGCUCUAAAAGAUGGUGGAUGUGUCAAAUAUGGUAACAACUUGUAUCGCACAAUAAAAGGCUAUGGCAUGAUCACGAACGAAGAUUUUUCGAUUCAAAAGGUGGCAUAUGUGGAAGGAUUGCAACACAAUAUCAUAAGUGUCUCGCAAUUGGUUGUAGGGACUGGCUUGAAGGUCUCAUAUGAUGAUGAAGGAUCCGAGAUCAUUGAAAAGAAAACAAUGUCAGUUCUGUUGAAGUCCCAUCACAAAGACGAAAUGUAUCCAUUAAAUCUGAAUCCGAUACGAGGGAAGCCUGUUGUAAGUCUUUUAAUGAAAGCUCAUUCCGAUGAAAGUUGGCUGGGGCAUCGACGACUCUUGCACCUUAACUUCAAAGACAUUAACAAGCUAGUUCUUGGUGAUCAUGUGCAAGGUCUGCCACUUCUAAAGUUUGACAAGGAACAUUUGUGUGCUGCAUGCGAAAUGGGAAAGCAAAGCCGGAAGAGUCAUCCCACACGUAUUAACACGAAGAUCAUCGAACCUCGUUAG